UAGUUCUUGCUACUAAACGCUGUCGUAUCAACUUUAUUUUAUGCAGCAGUUUUUUAUUCCACAGAAAUUAGCAGGUUGAGACUUUUGAGUAACCUCAAAUUUCCAAGCGCCACCCAACUCUACCGCCGGCCACGCGUAACGAGGAUCGGAUACUCAGCUCAGAAAGAAACCUUUUAACAAUUCGGAUAGAAGAAGAUGAAUGGAGAUAUCCCCAACAUAAAGAAAUGGGUAGUUUUCUAUCCUGUUUAUAUUAAUUCGAAGAAAACGGUAGCUGAGGGUAGACGAAUCAGCUUGACCAAAGCAUGUGAAAAUCCCACUUGUGCUGAAAUCGCUGAUUGCUGCAGCCAUCUCAAACUUGCGAAUGCCAUUGAGAUUGAUAAGGCAUACCCGCGUGAUUUCAUGCAGAGAGGGAGAGUGAGGGUCCAAUUGAAAAAGGAAGAUGGUACUUUAUGCAAUCCAGCCAUUUCCUCCAGAAAACAGCUGAUGCUCCAUGUUGCGGAGUUGGUACCUAGACAUCCUGGGAGGACUAAGAAGCAGGAAGCUCCAUCCACAUCAAGUACUGCUGGGCCUUCAAAGUCUGGAAAGGGUGGAAGAAAAAAGCGAUAGCUUCUUCACUCCUAAUGAAGCAGAAGUUUUUUUUUUUUUUUUUUUUUUUUUUUUUUUUUUUAUGUGGUCCAACUCUUGGAUGGAUUUCCCUUGAACAUGUUAAAUUUCCCAUCAAGUUAAACGUCUUCAAGUUACAUGUUUCCAAACAAA